CGAGAGCGCGGACGCUGGAGCUGCUGCUGCGGCAUUUGCCCUAGCGGGUGCUGGGGCACCAAAGGGGCAGGAUAGGAAGGGGUGGAGGGGCGAAAGUUUGGAAACCCCCCCAGAGAGCAGAGAGACUUCGCAGACCCAAGCCGCGCCUGCCGAGAGCUGGGGCUCGGGCGCGCGGGAAUUUCCUCGCGCUUGCGGGCAGCGCGCGCGGGGCUCAGCUCAUGGCCGGGACUCGGCGCCGCGAUCCUUGGGGGGUCCCCGGGAUCUGCUGCUUUCUUGGCUCUCUGCUCAUCGGCCUGCUCUCGCCACGGGCUGUCGCCUUCAACCUGGACGUGAUGGGCGCCCUGCGCAAGGAGGGCGAGCCUGGCAGCCUCUUCGGCUUCUCUGUGGCCCUGCACCGGCAGUUGCAGCCCCGACCCCAGAGCUGGCUGCUGGUGGGCGCUCCCCAGGCCCUGGCUCUUCCUGGGCAGCAGGCGAACCGCACUGGAGGCCUCUUCGCUUGCCCCCUGAGCCUGGAGGAGACCGACUGCUACAGACUGGACAUCGACCGGGGAGCUGAUGUGCAGAAGGAGAGCAAGGAAAACCAGUGGUUGGGAGUCAGUGUUCGGAGCCAGGGACCUGGGGGCAAGAUUGUUACCUGUGCACACCGGUAUGAGUCGCGGCAGCGGGUGGACCAGAUCCUGGAGACGCGGGAUGUGAUUGGACGCUGCUUUGUGCUGAGCCAGGACCUGGGCAUCCGCGAUGAGCUGGAUGGCGGGGAGUGGAAGUUCUGUGAGGGGCGCCCCCAAGGCCACGAACAAUUCGGGUUCUGCCAGCAGGGCACAGCCGCUGCCUUCUCUCCUGACAGCCACUACCUCCUGUUUGGGGCGCCAGGGACCUUUAACUGGAAGGGCACGGCCAGGGUGGAGCUCUGUGUGCAGGGCUCGGCGGACCUGGCUCACCUGGACGACGGGCCCUACGAGGCGGGGGGUGAGAAGGAUCAAGACCCCCGCCUCAUCCCGGUCCCUGCCAACAGCUACUUUGGGUUGCUUUUUGUGACCAACAUUGAUAGCUCAGACCCCGACCAGCUCGUGUAUAAAACUCUGGACCCUGCUGACCGGCUCCCAGGACCAGCCGGAGACUUGGCCCGGAAUAGCUACUUAGGCUUCUCCAUCGACUCGGGGAAGGGGCUGGUGCGGGCAGAGGAGCUGAGCUUUGUGGCAGGCGCCCCCCGUGCCAACCACAAGGGUGCCGUGGUCAUUCUACGCAAGGACAGCGCCAGCCGCCUGGUGCCCGAAGUCCUGCUGUCUGGAGAGCGCCUGACCUCCGGCUUCGGCUACUCACUGGCUGUGGCAGAUCUCAACAACGACGGCUGGCCAGACCUGAUCGUGGGAGCCCCUUAUUUCUACGAGCGGCAGGAAGAGCUGGGGGGAGCUGUGUAUGUGUACCUGAACCAGGGGGGUCACUGGGCCGACAUCCCCUCGCUCCGGCUCUGCGGCUCCCCUGACUCCAUGUUCGGGAUCAGCCUGGCUGUCCUGGGGGACCUGAACCAGGAUGGCUUCCCAGAUAUCGCCGUGGGUGCUCCCUUUGAUGGCGACGGCAAAGUCUUCAUCUACCACGGGAGCAGCCUGGGGCUUGUGGUCAAAGCUUCGCAGGUGUUGGAGGGGGAGGCCGUGGGCCUCAGGAGCUUCGGCUACUCCCUGUCGGGCGGCCUGGACGUGGAUGGGAACCACUACCCAGACCUGCUGGUGGGCUCCCUGGCAGACACGGCCGUGCUCUUCAGGGCCAGACCUGUCCUUCACGUCUCUCAUGAGGUCCUCAUUGCCCCCGAAGCCAUAGACCUAGAACAGCCCAAUUGUGCCGGUGGCCAGUCCGUCUGUGUGGACCUGAGGAUCUGCUUCAGCUACGUGGCCACCCCCAGCACCUACAGCCCCAUUGUGGCCCUGGAUUACACGUUAGACGGUGACACAGACCGGAGGCUCCAAGGCCGGGUUCCCCGGGUGUCCUUCCUGAGCCGUGGCCUGGAUGACCCCAAGCACCAGGCGUCGGGCACCGUGUGGCUGAGGCACCAACGCGACCGGGUCUGCAAAGAAAACAUGCUCCAGCUGCAGGAGAACGUCAAAGACAAGCUUCGGGCCAUUGUGGUGACCCUAUCCUACAGGCUGCAGAGCCCACGGCUCCGGCGGCAGGCUCCUGGCCAGGGGCUGCCCCCAGUGGCCCCCAUCCUCAACGCCCACCAGCCCAGCAGCCAGCGGUCAGAGAUCGUCUUCCUGAAGCAAGGCUGCGGUGAAGACAAGAUCUGCCAGAGUAACCUGCAGCUGGUGCGUGCCCGCUUCUGUGCCCGGAUCAGCGACGCGGAGUUCCAGCCUCUGCCCAUGGAGGCUGACGGGAAGACAGCCCUGUUCGCGAUGAGUGGGCAGCCGGUCAUCGGUCUGGAGCUGACGGUCACCAACCUGCCCUCGGACCCGGCCCAGCCCCAGGCAGACGGGGACGAUGCCCACGAAGCCCAGCUCCUCGUCACCCUCCCUGCCUCUCUGCGCUACUCAGGAGUCCGGGCGCUGGACCCUGCGGAGAAGCCGCUCUGCCUGUCCGAUGGGAAUGCGUCCCAUGUCGAGUGCGAGCUGGGGAACCCCAUGAAGAGAGGUGCCCAGGUCACUUUCUACCUCAUCCUCAGCACCUCCGCAAUCACCAUCGAGACCACUGAGCUGGAGGUGGGGCUGCUGUUGGCCACGAUCAGUAAGCAGCUGCUGUCUCCGGAGUUUGUUCGCGCCCGUGUCUUCAUCGAGCUGCCACUGUCCAUUGCAGGGGUGGCCAUUCCUCAGCAACUCUUCUUCUCUGGCGUGGUGAGGGGUGAGAGCGCCAUGCGCUUUGAAGAGGAUGUGGGCAGCGAGGUCAAGUAUGAGGUCACGGUCUCCAACCAAGGCCAGUCGCUCAACACUCUGGGCUCCGCCUUCCUCAACAUCAUGUGGCCUCACGAGAUCGCCAAUGGGAAGUGGCUGCUCUACCCCAUGCGCGUGGAAUUGGAGGGCGGGCAGGGGCCUGGGCGGAAGGGGCUCUGCUCCCCCAGGCCCAACAUCCUCGGCCUGAAAGUGGGCAGCAGGGGUAGGAGGCGGCGGGAGCUGGAGCAGCCGGCGCAGCAGGAGCCUCGUGAGCCGCCGGAGCCCAGCACGUCGUGGUGGCCGGUGUCUUCCUUGGAGAAGAAGAAGAACAUCACCCUGGACUGUGCGCGGGGCACGGCCAACUGUGUGGUGUUCAGAUGCCCGCUCUACAGCUUUGACCGCACAGCUGUGCUGCACGUCUGGGGCCGCUUGUGGAACAGCACCUUCCUGGAGGAGUACUCAGCUGUGAAGUCUGUGGAAGUGAUUGUCCGAGCCAACAUCACGGUCAAGUCCUCCAUCAAGAACCUGCUGCUUAGAGAUGCAUCCACUGUGACCCCAGUGAUGGUCUACUUGGAUCCUGUGGCUGUGGUGGCUGGAGGAGUCCCCUGGUGGGUCAUUCUCCUGGCGGUGCUGGCGGGGCUUCUGGUGCUGGCGCUGUUGGUGCUGCUCCUGUGGAAGAUGGGAUUCUUCCGGCGGGCGAAGCACCCCGAGGCCACUGUGCCCCAGUACCACGCGGUGAAGAUCCCUCGGGAAGACCGGCAGCAGUUCAAGGAGGAGAAGACGGGCACCAUCCUGCGGAGCCAUUGGGGCAGCCCCCGGCGGGAGGGCCCCGACGCCCACCCUAUCCUGGCUGCCAAUGGGCACCCCGAGCCGGGCCCCGACGGGCAUCCAGCGCCAGCCAUUGCCUAGCUUCCUUUGUCCUAGCCUUGCCCGUGGGCGUCCCCCGCUGCUUCCCUAGAGGGGGCUCCUUGGGGUGGAGGGGCCCGAGUGGGUUGCUGGUGCUGCAUCAGGAUUGGGCAGGGGUUUGCUUCCUGGGGGCACCGACCUCUCCCGCCCGUUGAGAACCCCCUGCCCCCAAACACUUCUUCCUUAGAAUGCUGUGAGAUGCGAGGGGGCCCAUCAGGGCUCGGGGCGGGGGGGGGGCAGGGUGGGAAGGGCAGGGGUGUCCUCAUGCCGAGGUGAGGGUGGGGCUCUCACCUUGUACACCAGGACCCCAGGACCUGUCUCCCCAAAAGUGCCUUAGCCUGGAGGCUGGAGAGGGGUUGUGUCACUCGCUCAGGAGCUCCCCCCAU